AUGCUGCCUUUGGUGCUAAAUACUUCACGAAAUCCAGCAUUUUCCGGAAAGACCAUUAAACACGGCCCUACCACGGCGGAGGGCCCAAACCCCAGCCAGGCGCUCGCGCUCCCUGGGUUGCAGCCAACACCGGCGGCUAACAAAUGCGGUGUUUUACUACAUUGGAAGGAUCGUAUAAUUAAGAAAAUUUCGCUGUUGACGGUGUUCACAAUAGGAUCUUUUUAUGAAACUACAAUGAUUGAAGUUAGCAAGCAUCUUUUCGACGAGGGAUGCAGAGACGCCAGUUGUUACACGUUACUACAUCCAUGGCACCGAAGCUGCUUGAAAUCGUCAGCAGCCACUUAUACAGAUUCCUUUUUAGGUAGUGCAAAAUUUUAUUUAGUAAUCCACAUGGUACAAAAUCUGAUGCGUGGUAAGAAAAUACUGAAGAGAGAGGAGUUAAUAAGAAUAGGAGAGUAUUAUCUGAGAUCGACACUUCUUGGCGGGCUCGUCAGUGGGACCUGCGUUACUUUCGGCUGUUUGUUUAGAUUUAUAAUGGGAAACAAAAUGACAUACUAUACCUACCUCCUUGUGCCAAAUAUGCUGAAUGGAUUAUUUAUUUUCCUAGAGCCACCGAGCAGAAGAGGACUCGUUACAAAUCUUUUUUGUAGCUUGGUACUCGAGUACUGGUUGCGGACGUUGCACAGAUCUGGCCACCUAUCGAUGACGAGGUCCAGACAAACCCUGAUGUUCAUGUUAGGUAGCGCGGCCUUGUUCUAUUUAAUGCGAUUAGAGGGCGACAGGGAUAUAAGGACCCCGCUGAUUUGGUUAUUCACUCCUGCAAAAGUUAAGCGGAAUACAGAGGAUAGUCAAAGUGUUUGUCCACACGAGGGAAUAUGUUGGAAAUAUAUUUUAAAGGGAUCAAGUGCAUACUUCGGCUUCGGUCUCGCUAUCAGCCUUGGAAAGAUCUUUUUAACGAAAAUCACAUCUCCAAUCAAGGCAUUCUCUUUGAUACGUGCGGGUGACUUGAGGCUAGCGAUGUUCUUUGGCAGUUACAUUGGUAUUUACCGAACUGUUAUAUGUUACUUAUGCCGUAAUCGAGGAUUUGACUCUGCUCUGUACGCUUUGCCUGCGGGAUGCAUAGCGGGACUGUCAUUUCUGUUCAAACCAAGUAUCGGUUUCGCCGUCGCAUCCUUGACGGGAGCUUUCAAACUGUAUUCCACCAUUCUUUACGAGAAGAAAAUCAUACCAGAAACCACUUUACUGCCCACCCUAUUGUACUGCUUCUGUCAAGGAACACUAUUUCACGCACGUUUUAUGCACCCUGAAGUGUGCCCAAGCUACGUAUUUAAGCUUAUCAAGUCUGUUAGCAACGGCCGUUCGGAGCAGUUAUACUCAAAUUUAUUAAAAGCUUUGGAGAAUGCAACG